AUGGCGACAAUCACAUCAUCCAUCGAAAGCUCUCUUGAAAAUGGUUCCUUAAACCACCUGAAAAUCAGCAGCAGCGACAGUAACAGCAGCGUGUCCGUAGGCGGAAGUGGCGGCGCUGAAUCAGGUUACCGUGACUCAGAUUCACCAAAAACACAUCAUUUCUCCAAGACCAUAGAACUCAACUCCGAAAUCCCGCUCCCUGAAUACUGGGAGCAAUUCCUUGAUUUGCAGACUGGUAAAAUGUAUUACAAAAAUUGGAACACUGGGAUAAAAGUGACUGAAGAUCCGAGGACCACAGCAGUAUACUGUGGAAAUUUAUACUCAGAAGAUGAUAGCAGGUCAUACGACAGUGAUGGCUCUUCAUCAGAAUCUUGUGCUUCAUCUUCAACUGAGCGAUGGAGCCAUAAUGGAGAUCGCUUCAUGGAAGAGUUCAACGUACUUGUCGCUGUAGGAUGCAAGAGCUGUCUUAUGUACUACAUGGUGCCCAAGCUGCGUAAGGAUUGCCCCAGAUGUCGUGGUCCACUCCUGCGUUUCUGA